AUGACACCAUUCCAGCUUGUUUACGGAAAAUCUUGCCAUCUACCUGUGGAACUAGAGCACAAGGCGUUCUGGACAGUGAAGGCGCUGAACUACGAUUUGAAAUCAGUAGCAGAGAAGCGUCUUCUACAGCUGCAUCACUUGAUGAGAUUCGCCUCGACGCAUACGAGAAUGCGAAGAUUUACAAGGAGCGCUCCAAGAAAUGGCAUGACCAUCACAUUCUCUGACGGAAAACUCAAAUCCCGCUGGUCCGGACCCUACACUGUGAAAGAUGUUUCGAACCAUGGUGCGAUUGAACUUUGGGGACGAGACGAGACGUCAUUUAAGGUCAAUGCCCAAAGAGUCAAGCUAUACAACCCGACAUUCCCGACCAACGAGAGAGGUGUACUCACUCUCUCCGACCCAUCCGAGAACUGA